AUGGCACCCACCACAGCAAGAGAUGCUGUUGCAGCACCUAAAAUUGAAACUGCCUUGACAAUCAUUUUGGGCGUGGACUACUUCCAACAGGUGGAAGAAUCUGGAGAAGGAAAUGAUGGUAAAAUCCUAGCGUUCAUGCUGGAGACAAGGCACAAAGCCUUUGAUUGGAUUGUCAACCAGGAUCCAAUCCAGCUAGAGUAUAACUCUCCGAAUUUGGUUCAGAGAUUCCUUUUGGUACUCUUCUAUUACCAAACCACAAGGCAUCAACGAUGGAAGGAGUGCAAUCCACCAGCAACUCCCCAAGGAAGUGCAUUCUGCUAUGAACCAGACAUUGUAACUGGCGAAGCAACAUCAACCAUUUGGGGUGAUCAGUGGCUCUCUGCCAGUCAUGAAUGCCAGUGGGCUGGAGUGGCCUGUGAGACUGUACAGUCAAAAGAGAUGACAGUUGCUCGGCUACGAAUUCGAUGGAACCAGCUCAACGGCCCUCUCCCAUGGGAGAUUUCACAAUUGCCACACCUGAAACGUCUACAUUUGCAUGGCAACAUGCUGAGCGGAAUGCUUCCACCAAAGCUGCUCUCUUUUUCAUUGGAGUCGCUCCGGUUGGGCAACAACCAACUCUCAGGACCCAUCCCUGCUGGAUGGUUUGAAAUUCGCCAUGACGGAACUACAAUCCCCUCUGAAGUGGGGAUGCCCCCCUUGAAGACACUUCAUCUCGGCAACAAUUCACUGACAGGGUCUCUGCCACUGGACUUGUUCCACUUGGGUUCUUUGGGGAGUCUUUUUGUUGAUCAGAAUGAUCUCACGGGCACCCUGCCAAGUGAAAUUGGAUUGCUAACGCACUUGCAACUUAUCUUUUUGAGUCACACUGGCAUUGGAGGAACCUUACCCUCAGAGAUUGGUCUGGCAACCCAAUUGACUGAAUUUCGUGCUGCCUACUCCAAUAUGGAAGGGACACUCCCUGAAGAAAUGUACACUGGACUCACAGACCUUAUUGCUUUUGUGGGCAAUGAUUGUAACUUUUCUGGGACUAUCAGCCCAUUGCUUGGUCGUUUGACGGGCCUGCAGUGGCUGGGCCUAGCCAAUAACAACUUUGAUGGCACAAUUCCCAAUGAGAUUGAGUCACUGACUGACCUGGGUCGAUUGGAGGUGAAUGGGAAUCAGUUCACUGGCGCCGUUCCAGUGUCUGUCUGCCAAAAUCUUGCAUAUUUUACAGGUGAUGUUGCAGUUGUGGCUGACUGUUUGCCAAAUCCCGGAACAGGAGUUCCCACAAUCGAAUGUGGUGAUGAUUGCUGCACCAGUUGUUGCGACAACACAGGGGUAUGCCUUGCCAAUUGA